AUGCUGUACGCGAUUGAGGGAGAAGACGGACGGAGAAAAAGACGAAAAGAAGAAACUGAGCCGGCACUCACAAAAGAAGCCGUUUGCUCGUCUCCGCGCUCCGGAUUCGGGCUGGUCCUGGUCCCGAAAUGCUUGUUCUUUGCAACGAUUUGGGAGUGCGGGAAUAAACACGGGAAACGCGGGUGGAAGACAAUGAUGAAACGGACCGAUCUACUGCUUGGCCACAAAAAACGCGCCUCCGAUACCGCUUUAGGCAUCGUCCAGCUGAGCCUUCCCUUCGUCUUUUGUCUCGAGAUGCGGGUUGAUAAGGCGAGGCGAAUAAUUGCCUUUUGGUUAGAUUAA